UACUUAUCGUUUUUUUCUUUUCAAUUACGCACUGUACGUACUUAGGUCAGUGAUUUUGGCAUUUGGUAAUGAAUGUUAAGUGAAAGGGAGUCACGUGGGCACCCUGAGCCAGCACAUUCCAAUUAACCAAGACUUGAAACCGGUGGAGACCAUUAGAAUGGAUCACAGUAUAGACACCGUACUCCUGAUGUGCAACUGUGUGUAGCACUUGACAGCUGCAAAAUUUAGUUUGUAAUCGCAUAACACUCUACGAAUGAGCACAUUGCUAAUAAAGAUGUUGAUCAUACGGUGCUUAUAAAUCAUUUGUGUCAGGAGUACUACUGGGUGCUUGGUGGUACUCCACACCCUCCAAGCUCAAGGGUAGGCUACUGAUUGGGCAAUGAAACUUAACUCCCGUCGAAGGUCUGCUACUUAGAUGCGACUAGGAAGAGCCGGCCGACUAGGGGUAUUUGUAGGUGGGGAGGGAAUCUAGGAUGGAAAGAUCUAUAAAACUAGCUUCCUCCUCUCUUGAAUUCGGGUACUUUAUUUCAACAUUCGCUCGCAAUAUACCUCUAUACCUCUAUAUCUAGUAUACCCCCUAUUUACCUACCUACAUCAACAUCAUGGCUCAGACAUCUCGUCUCUUUCAACCACUAAAAGUCGGCAAUGCGACACUUGGUCACCGCGUUGUAAUGGCACCUCUGACUCGAUUCCGAUCGGAUGAUAACCACGUAGUUCUCCCUUUUGUGAAGGAAUACUACGGACAACGGGCCUCGGUACCUGGCACGCUUCUCAUCUCCGAAGCCACCCUCAUAUCGAAGCGAGCGGGCGGGUAUUCCAACGUCCCGGGCAUAUGGUCCAAGGAGCAAAUAACAGCGUGGAAGGAAGUCACGGAUACUGUCCACGCCAAGGGAUCAUAUAUAUACUUGCAGCUCUGGGCGUUAGGCCGUGUCGCACACCCGGAGGUUGUGAAGGCCGACGGAUACGAGCUGCGAGGCGCUAGCGCAAUCCCAUACGAGGAGGACAAAGUGGUGCCGAGGGAACUGACGGUCGAGGAAAUCCAAGACAUCAUCGCCGACUAUGCGCAGGGCGCACGCAACGCGAUCGAGGCCGGCUUCGACGGCGUCGAGCUCCACGGCGCUAAUGGCUACCUGAUCGACCAGUUCAUCCAAGACGUAUCCAACAAGCGGCAGGAUCAGUAUGGCGGGUCCAUCGAAAACCGCGCCCGCUUUGCUCUAGAAGCAACCAGUGCCGUCGUGGCGGCCAUCGGGGCCGACAAGGUUGCAAUCCGUCUGUCUCCCCGCUCGGACUUCCAGGGCAUGCUCAUGGACGACCCGGUCCCGCAGUUCACGUACGUGAUCCAGGAGCUGAAGAAGCUCAAGCUGGCCUACCUGCACGUGAUCAAGGCGUACAUCGACGAGAGCGCGGACGUCGAGUCGACCGAGAAGAUCACCUUUGCGGUCGACGCCUGGGACAACGUCUCCCCUGUUUUCGUGGCCGGUGGGUUCAAGGCCGAGAGCGCUAAGAGUCUCGUGGAUGAGAGGUUCAAGGAUAAGGAUGUCGCGGUGGUGUUUGGCCGCUACUUCAUCUCGACGCCGGACCUCCCCUUCGUCAUCCAGAAGGGCCUGCCGCUGCAGAAGUACAACCGCGAUACCUUUUACACGGUCGGUACCAAGGAGGGCUACUUGGAUUACCCCUUCAGCGAGGAGUACAUCAAGGCAAAUGCUUAGAGCGGGGUCAAUGAGCAGACUUUGUUGGUGAAGGGUAACGUAGCAAAGCUUUUGUGAUUAAGAUGGAGAUAUCACAGGAAGCGGGAAUAGACAAGCAACUGUUUUAUGUAGCGUAGGAUCGUCAUGUCCUAGAACUAUUAGAUAUCUUUUCAUAUGCAGAAUAAAC